AUGGAAAUCAUUACGGAGAGUUUCUACUCGAACUUCUUCUUUUCAUCAACUCCUGCGUCAAGCUCGAUCAUCCUCACUGGUGAAGCUCCACCACAGGUUCUCCCUUCGGAAAUACGAGUUGCUAUCAAGAGCAUGGAACCUGGCACAGUCCCCGGACUUGAUUUUAUACCAGCAGACUUUUGUCGGGCUGGUGGCCAUCCGCUUCUUGUAAUCUUAGCAGCGCGCAUUACAUCCUACCUUCCGCGAACCGUUCUUAUCCAUAAGAAAGGUGACUGA